UGGGAGGGGGGUUGGUUCUCGGUCUCAGGCGCCGCCGCAGCUUCUUCUAGCCGGCAGGGAGCGAAGGGCGCGGAAGGGCUGCCAUGGCCGCCUCCAGCAGCAGCCAUUAUAGCAACAGUAGCAGCAGCAGCAGCCGUCGGCCCGAUAACAAUGGCUGCGGGCUCAGCGGACAACCUCAGUCGCCGCAGCAGCAGCAACCGCAGACCCAGACGGGCUUCCGGCGGCGGAAAAGCCCUGGCGCUUUGGCCACGGCCUACCUGGUCAUUUAUAACGUGGUCAUGACAGCCGGGUGGCUUGUUAUAGCUGUUGGGCUAGUUAGAGCAUACCUCGCCAAGGGUAGCUAUCACAAUCUUUACUAUUCAAUAGAAAAGCCUUUGAAAUUCUUCCAAACUGGUGCUUUGCUUGAGAUCCUGCAUUGCAUGAUAGGGAUCGUUCCUUCUUCUGUUGUCCUGACAGCUUUCCAAGUGAUGUCAAGAGUUUUUCUGAUUUGGGCUGUAACCCACAGUGUAAAAGAGGUGCAAAGUGAAGACAGUGUCCUCCUCUUUGUUGUUGCUUGGACAGUGACAGAGAUAAUUCGUUACUCCUUUUAUACUUUCAGCUUAUUAAAUCACCUCCCUUACCUCAUCAAAUGGGCCAGAUACACCUUUUUCAUUGUACUGUAUCCAAUGGGAGUUUCAGGAGAAUUGCUCACAAUAUAUGCUGCUCUGCCUUUUGUCAGGCAGUCUGGUUUAUAUUCCAUUCGUUUACCCAACAAAUACAAUUUCUCAUUUGAUUACUAUACAUUCCUGAUCCUGACUAUGAUAUCUUAUAUUCCAAUCUUCCCUCAGCUGUAUUUUCAUAUGCUGCAUCAGAGGAGAAAAGUACUUUCCCUUCCUGAAGAACACAAGAAAUCUGAGUAGUUCCAGCUUUUGUUCAUAGAGAUGCACAUGCAGUUGUAAUCAUGCAAACACACACACACACACACACACACACACACACACACACACUUACACUUACACAAACACA